AUGCAAAGUGAAGAACAGAAGACUCCAAAAUUUGAGAUUGCCCAAAGACCAGAAAAAUCAGCUACAAUAGGUAGAAUUAUUGAAAUAGAAUCAAAUUUUCUGAAAGUUAAAUUUGAUUAUCCUAAAAUCUAUAGCUAUACAUUUGAAGUCACAUCUCAAGAGCAACAAGUAGAGAAAAGUCGAAUAUUUCAAGUUUUUAAUAAAUUGUGUGAAAACAAUGAAUUUGGUCAAAAUAUUUUUCCAGUAUAUGCAGAAAACAUGAUUUAUUCAUCUUAUCCAAUUGAUGAUAAGUCUUUAAUUACUAAUAUAAAUGACAAGCAAUAUACCGCAUCCCUUAAAUUUAAUGCUGAGAUCGAUUUUAGUCCAUUGAAAAAAUAUAUUGAAGAUGAAGACGAAAAUUAUCAAUUUUUGAAUAAUGAGCACCUAAAUCUUUUGCGUAUACUUAAUACUUAUCUUAAUUUUAAAGUCCGCACAAAUAAAAACAUUUUGACACGUGGUAAAGGAACCUUUCCAAUCCCUGAAAGACCUCAAAUUAUACGUCGUAAUCUUGGGCUUAUACAUGGAUUCUAUCAAAGUGUUCGUAUAGGAUGGGGUCAAUUACUUGUUAAUAUUGAUGUAUGUACUGCAAUUUAUAAUAAUAAAUGGAAAAAGGUGGUUAGUUUGGAUAAAAUCAAUCCAUAUCAACUACAAGAGGAAAUGAUUAAUGAGAUGAUUAGAAAGAGUGUUAUUAAACCGACAGAUAGAUUUAAGAGAAUUGAUAAAGGCAUUAAAGAAGUAUACAAAUAUGAAAGCGAUGAAGGAUUAAAAUCUAUUUCAUUCGACAUUGAUAAUAAUAAUGGGUUCAUGAAAUUGAAAGCAAGGGUGCUCGAUCCGCCAACGAUGAUGAUUAAUAAUAAUAUUAUUACUACUGAAAAGGGUGAAUGGGAAACCAGUAAAUUUAAUAAGGGAGCUGACCUAUAUAAUUGGUCCGUGGUUAGUUUUGCUCCAGAUUUAAAUAAGUCUUCAAUUGAGCCUGUAAUUAGACAAUUAAAAGAAAUAUUAACUGCAAAAGGAUUAAAUGUACCCCAUAUGCCAAAUAUCUUGCAGUAUAAUUAUCAAGAUUAUAAAAAAUCCAUUACGAAGGCAGCCCAAGAUGCUAUAAUUGAUAACACAAGACCGGCACAAUUAGUUAUAUGUAUUAUUCCAAAAAAGCAACAAGAAGAGGAUGGUUUAUAUGCCAAUAUAAAGAAACUUUGUUAUAUAGAUUUAGGCAUUAUGAACCAAUGCAUUCUUAAGAAGAAUAUUAUGGAUGGAAGAACCAAAAAAAUUGUAAAAAAUAUAAAAAGUAUCCUAAACAAUAUAGCAUUAAAAAUAAAUGGUAAACUAAAUGGUAAAAAUUCAUGUUUAGCCGAUGGUUUGCUUGAUUUCAAGGAUGAAAGAGCUCAUAUGGUAUUCGCCGCAGAUGUUUAUCAUCCCGGAAAAGAAGAUAAAUUAAAAGGUCGACCUAGUGUUGCUGCUAUUUGUGGGUCAAUGGAUGACUCCGUAACAGAUUAUGUUUGCCGUUAUCGUAUGAAUAAAAAGCUAAGACACGACGUUGACAUUAUAGAAGAACUUAACGAUAUGGUUAUAGAAUUACUUGAACAACGUGAAAUUAAAAAAACUGACCUUCCGGAUCAAAUCGUUUUCUAUCGUGAUGGUGUUGGAGAAACACAGUUUGAUAGUAUCAUAAUUGAGGAAUUAGAACCCUUGCUUGAUACUCUUGAAAAUCAUUAUAAAUCUAAGGAUCUACCAACACCAAAAUUGACAUUUAUUAUUAUACAAAAACGGCAUCAUGCUAGAUUUAAAUUAAUCAAUGGCGAGAAUUGUAAACUGGGUACCAUAGUUGAUACGGAUAUUGUUAUGAAUAAAGAAUUUAGUUUUUAUUUACAAUCCCAUGUUAGCCCACGUGGAACUGCCCGUUCUGCAUACUAUCAUGUGAUUCUAAAUCAAGGAAAUUUUUCCGCUGACGAGAUUUAUAAUUUGACAUUUAGACUUUGCUUUUUGUCUUAUAGAUGUAAUCGUGCACUAUCUCAAGUUACACCAGCAAGUUAUGCUCAUAAUAUUGCAAACCUUGCUAGAUAUUUUGUUGAAUACAAAUCUAUUGAGACUGAUCAAAAUCAUGAAAAUCUGGGAAAUCAAGGUGGUCGAGGUGACAGAGGGGGUCGAGGCGGCAGAGGGGGUCGAGGCGGCAGAGGGAGUCGAGGUGGUAGAGGAGGUCGAGAAAAUCGAGGAAAUCAAGAAAGAAGUCGUGAUGAUAAUAAUAAUCCCAAACCUUCUCGACCUGAAUUUGUUCAGGAUGGAAAAUGGUUGCGCGCAGACUUGAAAAUUCAAAAUGAAAAGUUUUUUCUCUAA